AUGUUAUCUCCAACAGCGGAGUGGUACUUCACAGGCAACCGCGGUGAAGAUAUGGACAGAUAUGACGAAUUUCGGUCGCAUGCGGACCCAGACACGAUUUAUCCGUUACUUGACGCAUUCGUCAAAGCAGUGGAUCGGAUAAACAUACUGGAACACUUUUCUCUUACUUGCAGUAUCCCCCGUCGAAGG